GAAGAUACAUCUUUUCCCAAGCAGAGCCUUAAGAAUUUCAAUGGGUCCGGGCGGGUGGGGCUAUAGAAGAAGCGGUCUUCUACGCGGUAAUAUCUACAGAAAAAUCACCAAUUUGCCCUCGAAGGCGUUGGAAGGACGUCACCAGGGUCGGCAACGCCGAAGCUAACAUGCUCCUACGGUCAUACCGAAGAUCCUAUAUAUGGUUGUCUUAUUUUCAGCAAUUUUUAUUCUCGUCAAUAACAAAGCCAACAACACUUCUCACAGGGAGAUUUUUCUGGUCAGCCAAACACCUCGUUUCCAGGCAUUGUCCGGGUUUGUUUGCUUGAGGAGGGAAAAAAAAUGAGUGAUCACCUGGUACUGUAUGUGGACCGUCCGAUAAGACCUGUGACCUCACAAUCCGUGCAAGAGGCCGGGGCGGAAACUGCUGGUCCAUCUACUUCUGUCGCUGAUGAUAAGAGGGUUGAGGAAAAUGAAGGUUCAAAUGAAGAAGAGCCGUUUCUUAAGAUGAUGGAAUGCCGCAUUUGCCAAGAGGAAGAUAGCCUUGAGAAUCUGGAGACGCCUUGUGCUUGUAGCGGCAGUCUAAAGUAUGCUCAUAGGAAGUGUGUUCAACGAUGGUGCAAUGAGAAAGGAGACAUAAUUUGUGAGAUCUGCCAUCAGCCUUACCAACCGGGCUACACUGCUCCUCCCCCACCACCUCAUCCUGAAGAUACUGCUAUUGAUAUUGGUGGAGGCUGGACAAUCUCUGGCACUCCUUUGGAUUUGCGUGAUCCUCGCCUUUUGGCAAUGGCAGAGGCAGAGCGGCAUUUCUUGGAAGCUGAGUAUGAUGAGUAUACUGCUACAAAUGCCACUGGAGCUGCAUUUUGCCGUUCAGUUGCUCUAAUUUUGAUGGCCCUUUUGCUCUUGCGCCAUGCAUUGACCAUUACAGAUGCAGAUACUGAUGGAGAUGAUGACACAUCAACUUUUUUCUCUCUUUUCUUGCUUCGGGCUGCUGGGUUUUUACUGCCCUGCUACAUUAUGGCCUGGGCCAUUAGUAUCUUGCAGCGUCGAAGACAGAGGCAGGAGGCUGCAGCAUUGGCUGCAACACAAGUUGCUUUUGUGCUGCAAUCAGGACAACGAAGGGGUCUGCAGUUCACAGUUGCACCAGCACAUGUAGUAGCUCCACCCCAGGAGCCUGCUUAAUUCAGAUAAGACAAGAUGAAAUUCUGUCAUAGUUUUUCAGCAAAAACAAGCGGUAAAUGUUAACCGAAAGAGGUUUGUAUCUUUAUUUGCUCUGUGCUUGUGCUGCAUUUGACCAAAAAGCAUCGACUGUCAAUAACAAAUAUUUCUUUCAGAUAUGUGUGUGGAUAUCUCAAUUUCAAAUAGCUCAGCAUGAGCUGCUUGAGAAAACUCUGGUUAAUGUCCGGAUCAACAAGUCUUGUUGAAGAUGCACAUCAAACUCCAGCUGUAUUCCCUGUAUUUUUGUAACCAACUUUUCAACGUAUGGAUUUCUGGUAUCAGGAUGUUUGAUGGGGUUCUAUGCUGAAUGAUUUCUUUUUGGCUGA